ACUGGUUACACUGCAAUUUAUACUGCAACUGGUACAAUUUUUUUUAAUUUUUGUAGACAAAUGAAUUUGUUCUGAUCCACUUCCGGUUUCGUUGAUCGAUUACAUUUUAACACACAUAUGAAUACAAAGGAGUAUUAAAAUCCACAGAAAAUAGUGCAGAUAUCAUUAAUGUGUUAUGAAGUCAUUAGAUUAAUAAUGUCCUUACGUUUCUUUGAUUAUAUUACCCUACAAGUGAAUAAUAAAUUUGGAAACUGUUCUUUUCAAAUCGAUUGUGCUUCAAUUCCGCUUGAAUUAUUGAUCACGUUUUUGACAUUACUGUGCACGAGAUUGCGUGUGUGUGAGUGUAUGCGUUAGUUCCAUGUUUUGCUCUGCUGACGGUGCCGUUUACAAAUCUUCCGGAGCAAGUUUCGUUCUGCACACUUUCCCUUCACCAUAGUCGCAACAUAGUAUAUACAUUUAUACUUUUGUAGCAUUCUUCUAUUUGCUGGUUUCAGUUUUCACAUUUCCCUUUUGUGUGCUUCGUAUUUCAUCGCCCCAGACAGGUGGCAGCGUGUAAACAAAACGCAGGUUUGUUUUGUUGUUUCUUCCGCUCUUCUUGUUGCAGACCCACUUAUCUGAGACACGAUUGAAUCGCGAUGAGUCGCAUUUAGAUAAGAGGCCGCUUUUGUCAGUUUUCCCCCUAACAAAACACCGAACGUCAUGUCGGAGUGGGAAACCAUUCUGUCCGAUCUUCCGCCGGGUGUGUUACAGCUAGAGAACCAGGUAGCCGGUCACACGGCUGCCCAAGGUUGCCUAGGGCUGUUGAAAACCACCAGCGAUGGAACGAUCCUUAAGCCAACCGGGAAGGUACUUUGUGGCAUUCGUGAGAUAGCUUUCUACGAGCGUCUGGAGGAAGCACGGCAGCGGAAACGCGAGCAAGCGAACGUUGAUGACCAUCUGUGGACGGUGUUGUGUCAGGUGGUGCCUAAGUAUUUCGGCCAUCCGAAGCACAUCAUCGACGGAAAGGAGGUGGAAUUCAUCCAGCUGGAAGAUUUAACGGAAGGGCUCAAGUGGCCAUGCAUCAUGGAUGUGAAGAUCGGGCGCCGGACAUGGGAUCCGCUGGCAACGCCGGAAAAGCGCAAAGCGGAGGAAAACAAAUACAAAGCAUGCCGGCAGCGAUUUGGGCUGUGCAUUCCCGGGUUUCAGCUGUACGCGUUGCGUGACGGCGGCAAGUUGAUACGGCACGGAAAGGAUUACGGCAAGCAACUAACCGAGGACAACAUUCGUGAUGCAUUCCUGUUAUAUUUAAAUGCAGCUGAAGAUGGACGAGUUUCGAGAAAGCUGCUGGAACAUUUUUUGCACGAUUUGCAUCUGAUUCGCGACUGGGCACACCACCAAACCACGUACCGGCUGUACUCCAGCUCGGUACUGCUCGUAUACGAUGCCGCCCAGUUAGACGAGUCCAAACAAUCGAAACAACAGAGAGAAAGUCUGACUAAUUCACAUGGUACACCGAGCGUUAGGGCACGGAUGAUCGACUUUGCCCAUGCAUUUCCGACCGAAACGCCUGAUGCGGACACCGUGGAUGAAAACUACCUACAGGGAGUAGACAGUUUAGUGGAUAUAUUUGAGCAAUUUCUUGCCUCCGGGCAGGUAGGCUAAAGACUGAACGGGCAGAGCGGGUAUUGAGAAGAUUCUUAUCUCUUCGGGAGGAGCACACCACUGUAACCGGAAUAUUUCUCCUUCUCCCCGUUUGUUCUUCAUUAUUUCCCCCGCCAGGGAAACAAAAACACCAAAGCAUAAACGCUUUAUACUGUGGCCACUGUUAGACGUGCCAUUUUGUAGUGUUCUGCUGCGGUGUGGGAAGUAUUUUUCUUACUGUGAAUGAUCUAACUACGAUUAGAAUUGUAAGAUCGUGUGGCGUUAUUAUACCAAAACUCUGGCAGGAAUGUUGGCCAUGAGCGUGAGCGCAUCAUUUGUUCUCUCAGUAAAAUGCGCCAUACCAAAGCGAAGCGGCAGAUACUUAUUAUAACAUACAAAAGUCUUAGUACAUACGUGCAUCAUUUAAUGAGCAGUCGGACGCACGGUAAGGUUUCCACGACAUAAAGUACAUUACGCAUUUAUGGUUAGUUUUAGCUAACCUACAAUAUUUAAUUGAUAAUAAAGGGUUCGUAAAAGAUAA